AUGCGCGGUGUGUUUUUGACGAAGUCCGUCUGGCACGUCGUCAACCGUGAAGUGACUCCGACUUUCACCGACCCGCGAGCGUCCUAUGACUACGUCAAGUCAAGCAACGUCGCGUUUGGUAUGAUGCUGCUGCACAUGAACGCGGACUACCAUCAUGUGCUGGACAACUGCGAGGAAGCCUGGGUUGCGUGGACAAGUCUGAAGACGCUAUACGGUGGGUCGCAGAAGGCAGGACGCAUCUACCUCAAGCGACAACUUUUCAGUAUCAAGAUGGCUGAAGGCGCGAAUGUCAUGCAUCACUGCAACGAGGUCCUCAACAUCUCCGCCAAGCUUAGUGUUGUAUCUUGA